AUCACUUGUUUCUAUAUUCGCCAUGACACAAGAUCAUCUGUUUACAAGGGUUGAUGUUCAGCCUCCCAGUGACAUGUUUUAAAGUAAUACUGUUUUCAGACGGCUGCUCUUUUGUAACAAAUGAUCUCUACUAAUAGCCCUGAUAAUGGCUCAGUGCAAACUAACUCCUCACGAGUAUCUUCAAAAUGCUUUUGCACCACAAGUGGCUAUACUGUGUAGUGAGGAUGCAGAUAAUCUUUGCCUGAAGAAUAAUUUGAGAUUUGUGGAGUUAAUACAACCGUUCUGUAGGCUAAAUAAUGAGAUACGUAUUGCUGAUCCAUCUGGCAACACUGUGCCAAUUCGGAAUCUUCGUGUGGUUUUUGAAGACAUGAAUCGGCGACCUCCCCAACCCACUCUUGGCAAAAAACUAUUGAGUGAGGUUGUAAGCACAGCACCAUGGGACAGACCAACCACCAGGGCAGUGGGUGCUUCUGGAACGCGUGAAGCCUUGGAACUUGAAUUACAGCCAACAACGCCUUGGUUUGAGGCUUGGCGCGAUACAUUUCUUCAUGUUCAAUAUCCGUCAGAUCAUGAAUUUACCAAGCAUUACAUUGCAUGCAUCGUGGCAGUAGCAUCAACGAGUGAAAAUCCAAUGGACCAACUAAACAGACUGUCCCAGUAUCAGCACCAGCAGUUACACCAGACACCAGCACGCUUCCCUAAGUGGUUUUCUCCAAACAUCCUCAAGUUUUAUCUUCUCAUUCAUGAUAUCACAGCUGGAGACCUUACAAAAUCAGAACAAGUGUUUGAACAGAUGACUAGCAUGUAUGGAAGCAGCAACUGUCACUUGUUACAGAUCAACUCUCGCCACAGUGAUCAGACUGAUGUUCAUCUACCAGACCCCUGGAGUCAGUUCCUGAUUCAAAGAGCUUCAUGUGAGCCCAGUGGGGGUAGUAGUUCAGAAGCUAGCAGUGGAACAGGAACACCACGUGAGGAUGUGAGUGGUCUCCCAUCUCGAGUGACUGAAGGCGAUACUGCUGAUUGCUGUGAACCAAUACAUCCUCUGUCUCCUACAGUACUUUCAAUUGAUGAGAAAAAUGGAAAUGUUGAUAUGAUGCCAGGAGUUGAGAUAUCAGCUGAUGUACCUGUGAUGGUGAACAGACCAAGUUUACCAGCUGGUACAGCUCAGCACCAUGGCGGUUGUUUAACAUCUUCUGAUGUUGACCGUAUACGUAUAUUUGUUCAUGAAUUUUGUGUGAGAUCUUUGAUUCCUCAUGUUGAGAGGCAAAUAAGGCAUUUGAAUGACGUAGUGACAAAUAGAUCACGGUCUAAAUCCCUUCUAAGUGCCACACGGCGCUGGCUAGUUGGGAAUAAGAGCCCAGGCAGUGCCACCAACUCUGUCAUCUACAGUCCUGAAGCCACUGAACUUCAGACAAGAAGGCUUGGAGAUUUAUGUUUCAUGUUUGGCCUUUAUGAACUAGCAUAUAGUUUUUAUCACACAGCCAAGAAUGAUUUCAAAAGUGAUCAGGCGUGGUUGUAUUUUGCUGGUGCACAGGAGAUGGCUGCACUUGCUGCUUUUAUGCAAAACAGCUCAGAUUAUCCCAAGCGUUAUCUAGAAAACAGUUUGCAGACUUACCUCAAUGUGUGCAAGGUUUAUAACUUUGCCAUACGAUCUACAUUGCUUAGUUCAGAGGUUCUGAAACAUUGUGGAGAAUAUGGAGAAGCUGCAAUGAUGUUCAUCAAGCUUACAUCAGAGGAGAGUGACCUGCUGUCAGCCCUUAUGUUGGAACAGGCAGCUCACUGUUUCAUAAAUUCACAAAGACCGUUACCAAGAAAAUAUGCUUUUCACAUGACUUUAGCUGGACACAGGUUUAGCAAAGCUGGUCAGCGAUCACAUUCAUUGCGUGCAUAUAAACAAGCCUUUCAGGUUUAUGCAACAAGAGGAUGGGUUCUUGCAGAAGACCACAUACAUUUUACCUUAGGAAAGCAAGCUCACCAUCUUAAGCAGCUCACAGAAGGCUUGGAAGCCUACAACUAUCUGGUUGACCAAAGACAAAAAGAGAAUGCUUCAAGUCAGCAAUCCCCAGCCCAACAGAUGACUUAUGUGAGGGAGUUCUUCAAUACUUUCCAUCAAUACAUUCAGCAGGAAUGGGAUUCAUCAACUGGUGUCCCUUGUCUUCCACUUCCAUUAAUUGACUCACAGGAAACUAGAGUCUUAUUAGGAGCUCCUCAGGAUCCCCCAACAAAUUGUGAAUGGACAGCAGCAUCUCAUGUAUCAUUAGAUAGUGAUGAGAUUAGUAAGGACCGAUGGUUUGCUCUUGAGCGAGAACUGUUUGUGAAAAGGUGUUCAUCAAUGGUAUUCCGGCCAAACUUGCAGCUGCUCACUAGUGACACUCCAAACACACAAAGCCCAGUUGUUCCAGUGAAUGAACCAGUAGUAGUUGAAGUUCUUAUGAAAAAUCCUCUCGCAGUGAGUCUAAUGAUUAGUGAUGUUCGAUUAGUUUUUACAUUUGAGCCAUCUAGUAAUCAAGAAAUAGUUGGUGCUCCUGUUCAAGACACUAUAUAUCCUGGAUGCAAUCUUCCAGCUGGUGCUCAGGAAAAGGUUAGAUUAGAAUUGCAUCCCCAGUGUACAGGUAAACUAUUGAUAAAGGGAGUUAUAUAUAAACUUUGCCUUACACCUGACAUGACCUCAGGAGUUCCUCCUGGGUCUACAACAACCCCUGUAAUUAUUGAAGGUCAGCAGAACAUUGAAGUUAAGGGACCACGACUAAACACUACGUCUGUAGAGAAGUGCAGUGUCGUCUAUGCAAAUGAUAAAAGAUUAGAAAUUACUGUUAUGCCACCUAUGUCAAGGUUAAGUGUAAUAUUUCAUGAUAUACCUCAGAUUUUAAGCUGUGGUGAGCUGUGUAGUACAGAUGUUAUGAUAACAAACAUUGGGCCAUGUCCAGUAAGUAAGCUUAAGCUAGCUGUGUCUGACCCUAACCAUGUAUAUUUGGACAUACAGGAAGCUCCAUUGCCUGGUGUGCAUAUAUGUGUUCUGUCUGACUCUGAGACUAAAGAUGGCAAGAUUACUAGUCGGACUGAAACCUUAGCACUUCCAAAUGGUGUAUUAAAUCCAGGUGAUGUUAUAAAAGCUAAGCUGUGGCUACAUGCACCCAUGUCACCAGGAGCAUUUGAUGUGGAGCUGCUCUUCUGGUAUGACACUCUGAAUUCACCGGGAAAGAUCGAAUAUCGUUUGUUACGACACUUCAGCAGUAUUUAUGUAGAAAGAAGCUUAAGCUUGAAGGCGUCUUCAACAAUGAGUCAGAACUUGCAAGAGUUUAUAGGGCACCAACAAGAGAAUGAAGGAGUUUAUAGUUACACAUCUAACCUUAUUAUAGAAGCUCACAACAACUCUGAGGGGGUCCCUGACUUACGAACGUCCGACUUACGAAUGCCCGCCGAUACGAACGAGGUAGACAGCAGCUGCAGUUCAUACACAGUUGUUGGAUUGAGCGGUAAUAGUGGGAAGUGGGCAGUUGUACCUCACUCAAAUUUGCAAGGUCAGCAGCUGAGACCUGGAGAGUCUUGUCAUCUAUGUGUCAAGUGUGUUCAACACGCAAAGAAAGGAACUAGUGGUAUGAUUCUUUCACAGCUUCACUUUGGGAGUAGUCAGGUCCCUCUGAACUCUUGGUGGCGUUUUUCACUAAGAGAACGUGUAAGUCUACGAGAUCUUCUAACUGAUCCUCCACCUCCAAAGCCAAAUGCAGACCAUAUUCCUCCACCACCAACCCAAGCUCAGCAAGAUGCUAAACACAUAGCUGCAGUAAACAGUUUAGAUAUGGUUGUUACCGUUAUAUGGAAGGGAGAAAGAGGUGGGCAUGAGACAUGGGGCCAACAUAGUGUUCACUUAAAGAGCCUUGGUGACAGUGUAAGCAUACCUAGCUCCCCUCUGAUCCAGGCUGGAGAAGAAGAGAAACCUCCGAUCAGAAUAAUUCCAGAAAGCCCGCCACAGAUACUACAGUCUCCUCUCCCCCCAGCAUUCAAGCAAAAACAUUUGGUCAAAAUCUCUGCUCAUUUUCCAGAUUGUAUGGAACAUGAUUUUAUGACCAACAGGUUGUGCAGUAUAGAGUUUGAACUUUGUUUGCACAACUGCAGUGCGUGUCAGCUUACUACAUUUCUCAAUCUCUGCCCAGAAGGUUUGCCAAACAGCAAUGGGAAUGUAAGCAGUCAUGUGUACUCCCCACAAGCCAGCACUGAAUUGUUAUAUGUAGGUGGAACUGUACGGAAGGUUAACCUCUUACCAUGGGGACAUACCAAAGUUCCUGUUCGUGUUUUGAUUAACAGCCCAGGUACAUACAGCCUUGGAGUUUUCUCUGUGACUGCCAUAAGGCACGAAGCUGCCAAAGAUAAAUAUGAACAACCUAUACCACAAGCCUGUCAGUUACAGACUGCUGUUACUGUCAGACAGGUGCCUAGAGGAGACCACCAUCUCUCACACAAUACAUGAUAGUCUCUAUUGGGGAUGGGCAAAAAAAGGGAAUAUAUGUUUUUCUAUGCUGUAUCUAUAUUAUCCAGUUUCUUAGAAUUGUAUAUUGUAUUAUUGUUACUUGCAACAUUUGUUAGUGAGGGCGUUAGUGCCUGGUGUGUCCCAAAUGCUUCUGUAAUAUAAGUCAAUAUUUGAGACAGUCAUUCCUUACCUCCCAACCACUCACAUCUUUAUUAUAUGCCUGACCUUGGGUAGAAAGCUUGAGGUGAGUGAUAUUGUGAAAGAAGUCAUUCUUCAAAGUUAUUCAAGUAAAUCUGACAAUGCUGACAUGUAAAAUUCAUGCUGUAUUAGGUUUUCUUGAGGAUCAUUGACAGGUGUUAAAGUUAAGUUGACCUGGGAUAAAAGUCAGUUGUAUUUACCUAUUUGUACAGUUAUUUGUAAAUUUCUUAAAUAGGUAGUGGAAAUGCUUGACUAAUUCCAACUAGAUUUAUCUUGUAAAAUUUUGUGUAGAAUAAUUGUUAAUGAUAUUAAUUAAAGAUAUUUUAUGUGAAAAGGAAAUUUUCAGACUAUCAUUAUAUUAAAGGAAAUGAAAAGAUGAUUAACACCAUACAGAUCUGAAUGAUAAGUAAACAGAAUAAACUUAUUAUAUUUUUUCUCCAUAAUUUAAUACUAAUAGAGUAAGUUCUUUUCUCCAAGAGAUGUUGAACAGUACCCCCAAAAUUACAUUUUAAUAUUCA